CUUAUUGUCAAUGCAUACUGUUUACUGUGAAACUGAACUGAUCAUAAUACAUUCAAAUUAGAUUGAGUGAAUUGAUUGAACUACAUUGUGUACAAAUUCAAAAAAUUCGAGUUGUUAAUAACGAAUAGUACGAUCCACACAAAAGCACAGUUUAUUUUUCAUGAAUAAAAUCGAUGUUUCCCGUUUAAUUUCAAAUAUGUCGCAAUCAACAAAUUCUAUUUUAAUGAUAGAACCCAUUGCAUUCAGAUUUAAUGUUCAAACGGCGGUGAAUAACUACUUUCAAGUGAAUGAUGAAUCGGCAGAAACUCAAACCAAAGCCUUACAGGAAUUUACAGCGUUCGUAAAAAAGCUUAAAGCCAAAGGAGUCAAUGUAAUCACUGUGAAAGAUACUUUGGUGCCUCAUACUCCGGAUUCGAUUUUUCCGAACAAUUGGGUGAGUUUUCAUGAAGAUGGGACCAUAAUUUUGUACCCAAUGUUUGCCGAAAAUCGAAGACUAGAGCGAAGAAUGGAUAUAUUGGAGCGGUUAACCGAAGAAGGUUUUCAUAUAUCCGCCAUAAAAGACUACUCCAUUUUCGAGUCGGAAAAUAAAUUUUUGGAAGGAACCGGUUCGAUGAUUCUGGACCGUGUGAAUAGAAUCGCGUACGGUGCCAUCUCAUUACGUUUGAGUGAAGAAAUUUUCAUGAAAUGGUGUUCGCAAUUCGGUUAUCAGCCGAUUGUAUUUCACUCGUUUCAAAGUAUCAAUGGACAAAGACUGCCCAUUUAUCAUACCAAUGUUAUUAUGUGUGUGGCAAGCGGUUUUGCGGUUAUCUGUUUGGAUUCAAUUGAUAGCAAAUUAGAAAGAGAAUUGGUAGAAAAAACACUUACGGACUCUCACAGAGAAAUUAUCGAGAUAAGCGAAGGCCAAGUAAAUUGCUUUGCCGGCAAUAUGCUUGAAGUGAAGAAUGACGAAGGCAAACAAUUUUUGGUGAUGAGUGAAUGCGCCUAUCAAUGUUUGACGUCAAAACAAAUUCAAACAAUUGAAAAUUAUACGGAAAUUAUUUACUCAAAUCUUCAGGCGAUCGAAAAAAGCGGAGGUGGUAGUGCACGCUGUUGCAUGGCCGAGAUUUUUCUACCGAAAAUGUAAUUUUGAUAAUUUUUCUUGAAAAAAUUAAUAAAUGUUAGCGAAUAAAUAAAUUAUAAAUGUUAGAUCCGAACGUUUCCAUGGAUUUUUAGUAUU